AAAAAUCGGUUAUCGUGCCGUGCGCACUUUCGUUCAGUUUUCGUUGAUAUCGUCUUGCGUGUUGCAUUUGACAACAGUGUAGUGAUACUUUUCAUGAUGAUUUUCCUUUUCCACCGAUAAUUACACUGCAGCUAGUUGUACCCUCUUGCAAAAUUAUGUAGUUUUUACUUCGCUGAAAGAACGUGAGGACCACCCGCCGCACGAUGUUUCUUCGUCCUUUUUUAAGUAAGUACUUGUUAAUAGCCAGACUGAAUUUACUUGGAGCCGCUCGAAAGAGAAAGUAGAAGUACAACAACGUCGUAGCAGUAAGCCUCCUUCAUCUGGUACUGGUUGUUUCCGACUUCCUCUGACAGAUUUGAACUUUUGUCGCACGACCGUCUAGAAUCUUCUGUCAAGAAACUACCAACUUACCCAAACAACCAAUAUCAUGUCAAUGGCCGAGACGAAGAUGACGGAGGGGUACGAUCCCCGCGGCAACUUUUGCCGUGGCUGCUUCACGCCCUCGGCCAUCUGGGCGUGGCAGGGCUGCGACGAGGUGUUCCCCGUGCUCUGCAGCACGCUGUUGUGUCUAGUCUUCCCGUAUGCAUUGCAAAUAUGUCUGGGUCUGGAGGAGAGUGCAGGAUUUGUCAUGCUCGGCUAGCAUGACUCUCAAGCCUGUCAUGCACGUCACCCAAAAGCCUCAUUUUUCUGUGAUGCAAGAACGCAGUUCGUCAUGCAGACUAGACAACACCCAGCACCUCAGAAAUUUGUCAUGCUGGAGUGCCAAUUGUGGCGUCAUCAACAUUCGCGAACCAGCAUCACAAGUUUGUAGACCCAGACAUAUUUGCAUUUGAUAUCCCGCCCGCCGCCUCGCUGUUCGGUAUUUACUUUUGGCAGCCGGUGAAGGUGUAUUAAAGUGCACAACUCCCCCUCCCCCUCAUUUGUAUGGCAUGAACAGCAAUACAAACACCAGCGCACAUGGAGCCUAUGCAUGACAAAUCUAUAACUUACCUAAUGUAGUACUGUUUGGGCUUCCGGAAUUUGUCACGCAAACAGUGCCACAAGGCAGCGACUGGGCUUGAGAUUUUGCGUGACAAAUGAGGGUGAGGGGGAGUUGUGCACUGUCAUAAGGUGCAAAAGAAGUGGAGCGCGGAGCCCGCGGGGGAAAAGUGGCUGUGCUGCUGCAACUGCCACCCCCACGACCCCUGUUGCAAGUUCUGGUUUCCCUUUACGGUGAUCUACGCGUGGCAGGGACUGGACGACCUGGCGGACACGCUGAUCUCGUUGGUCGACCCCCCAGUGAGCAUGUGUUACGCCCUAUUCUGAGUAAAAACGCCCCCACCCCAGAGUUGUCGUGCAGAUUUGCAAUGACAGGAACAUUUGUAAUGCGCAUCUACAUGAGAGGCAUUGAUUUCCAAUCGUGUUUUGGCAUGUGUAAUGCUGUAAACAGGACGAGGAGAUGGGUUUGUCAUGCGACUGUCCUUGCUAAAGCUAACCUGCACUACACUACAAAGACGAAAUUGUCAUGCAUGGCUUCCAAAACUUCUGGAUUUGUGUUGCAGAGUUCGCAACUUGACUAUGGGGUGGGGACGUUUUUACUCAGGAUACGCCCUGUGGUGCUGGAUCCCGCGCAGCAAGACACAACAGAAGAUUUGGGGUAGCACCCGACUUUCCUCGGUUGGCGCGCCCGUCAUGGCGGCUGCAUUAUACAACAGCAGUGCCGGGGGGGCCCGGGGCGAAAAGGCUGAACGAAAGGGAAGCAGUGACGAGGACCAGAGUAUGAUAAAAAGUAACCUGAGCUCGAAGGAUAGAGGAGGAGAGAGCACCACCAGUGAUGACCAGGAUAGUAGUACGACAAAGAAGAAACAAAAUAAGAGCAACAAGUCUAAGAAGUCGUCGAAAGACGACAAAGAGGAAGACGUCACAGCAUCUGGUGUAAACAAGUCAAAGUCAAAGAAGGACAAGGAUAAAGACAAGGACAAAAAUAAAAGCCAAAACAAGAGCCAGAAAAAGAAAAAGGAUAAGAAAGACGGCAAGACAAGCGGGACGUCCAGCGAAUCAGGCGACGAUUGAAAAAUUGUAAGUCGGGAGGACAGGCUGCUGAUUUUCAUUAUCAUAUACUUUGUCGUCGCGUAGAAAGCGAAUUAGUUCUCUAUACACAUCAGUACUUUCCACCCGAGGACCCACCAUAAUUUCAGAACAUGCACCACGCUCAAUCUAUUGCUAUUCGCUAUUGUUUGAAAUGUAUUCCGGUGCAUAAUACCGAUUUAUCGUAACACGUAUUUACGUUGGCUUACUGCCUUGUGAGCAGAGCCAGAGCACUAAAAUAUCACUUUACCCAGCAAGUUGGUUUGUAUCUGAGUUUUAUCCACCGAAAGAGCCUGAGAACCUAGAAGCACGGUUGAAGAGAAUAUUCAGGCAUGAUCACAAUCACUCACGACCCCCUACAGUAUCAUCACAUGACAUGGAGCACUAAUGUCUAACUUCCAGUGUCAAAAAA